AGUAGAUAGAUGAAAUACAUAGUCUUAUAAUGUUGAGCUGACAUUUGCUAAUUGUUAUUUUUAAAACUAUAUUUAAUUAAUUUACUAAAUUAAGUGGAAUGGCAUGUAAACCCAGCACCAAGACAUGUCAGAUCUGUGGAGAUGUGUCAACAGGCUACCAUUUCGAUGCAAUAACUUGUGAGUCGUGUAAAUCGUUUUUCCGGAGAAGCGCUUUAAACCCGGAUCACUUUCGGUGCUAUUUAGGCGGCACCUGUAAUAUUGAAGUGAAAAACAGAAAGCACUGCAAAAAGUGUCGUUUGAAUAAGUGUUUCGCGGCCGGAAUGAACACUGAAUUGAUUUACUCGAAUAAAAACAAGAAAUCCAUUGACACCCGGAAUGGUAGACAGAAACGCAAACCCAAACCCGAGGGAAGCCAUGUUAUCGCCGACUCGACCACACUUUCACCACCGGAAUCCGAUACGACGGACACAAACAAUUUGUUUGACUUUCUUGAAAACAUUGAGUUUGAUAAAGACAUGGCUGACAAUAAGUUGAUGCCUGAACCGGAUAUUGUAGGAAAUAGUACUGCAAUUGAAUUAUACAAAUCAAAUGAGUCGGUGCCCAGUGUUCAACCCAUUUGUACGCCAACCCAUGAUUACAGCAAUACUUUCAAUGAGAUGGAGGGCAUGAGAUUGAGUGAACUGAUGGACGGAAUCAAGACUUUGCAGAUUAAUUUUCAACGAAGUGAUCACCAGAUUGUGGUGAUUGGCACAAGGGAGGACGCCAUCGAUGUACUACAUCGAGAGCAUGAGUACCGCAUCCGAGACAUCAUCAAAAUGUCCAAACAUUUGAAUGGCUUCAGAGAUCUCUUAGAAAGCGAUCGAUUGAUACUAAUUAAGUAUUCGGCGCUUGAGAUCAUUAAUUUACGGAUGAUUUUGAGCUUUAACUUCGAGGAGGAGUACUGGGACAUUUACUUUAAUAAUAGAUUGAACCGGAUCGGACUCAAAGUACUUAAGCCAGUUCAAUCGCCAGCUUAUUUAAACCACACGCAGUUUCUCAAAAAUAUCGGUCUUGAUUGGGACUCCGACUCAAUUAUUAUCGACUUUUUGACAGCAAUCUUAUUGUUUGAUCCGCGGCGACCCAAUCUACUACAAUGGGAAGUGGUUAGACACCAACAGAAUAUUUACAUUCAUUUGCUUCAACGCUAUUUGCAAUUGAAAUAUCGAUCGGAUUUAUUGGCCAAUUCCAAGCUUAUGCGGCUUAUCGACAGUUUGAAGUAUUUAAACUACCUGUGCGCAAAAAUUGCCUUUCACGCCUCACAAAAGGCCCUGGAUAACGUGCCACUGUUCAAGGAGAUAUGCGAUAGAUGACUAGUAAUAAAUACAAUGCGAUUGUAUGAGAUUGAAAUGUAUUCAUUAAUAAAUUGCAUUGUAUUUUUAAGAAAUAAACAACUAUAUUUCAUUAA